AUGACCAAGCUAGGCUUUCUGCGCCUCUCCUAUGAGAAGCAGGACACCCUGCUCAAGCUGCUCAUCCUCUCCAUGGCAGCUGUGCUCUCUUUCUCCACGAGGCUUUUUUCCGUCUUGAGGUUCGAAAGCGUCAUCCACGAGUUCGAUCCGUACUUCAACUAUCGCACCACUCGCUUCCUGGCAGAGGAAGGCUUCUACAAGUUCCACAACUGGUUUGAUGACCGAGCAUGGUACCCCUUGGGCAGGAUCAUUGGUGGCACCAUCUAUCCAGGCCUGAUGAUCACCUCAGCAGCCAUCUACCACGUGCUGCACUUCUUCCACAUCACCAUCGACAUCCGCAAUGUCUGCGUCUUCCUGGCCCCCCUCUUCUCCUCCUUCACCACCAUCGUCACUUACCACCUCACCAAGGAGCUCAAGGACGCGGGCGCAGGGCUGCUGGCGGCUGCCAUGAUCGCCGUGGUCCCAGGCUACAUCUCGCGCUCCGUCGCCGGCUCCUACGACAACGAAGGCAUUGCCAUAUUCUGCAUGCUGCUGACCUACUACAUGUGGAUCAAAGCUGUCAAAACUGGCUCCAUCUACUGGGCUGCCAUGUGUGCCCUUGCCUACUUCUACAUGGUCUCCUCCUGGGGGGGCUAUGUCUUCCUGAUCAACCUCAUCCCCCUGCACGUCCUCGUCCUGAUGCUCACCGGCCGCUUCUCCCACCGCAUCUACGUCGCCUACUGCACUGUCUACUGCCUGGGCACCAUCCUCUCCAUGCAGAUCUCCUUUGUGGGCUUCCAGCCUGUCCUCUCCUCAGAGCACAUGGCCGCCCUGGGAGUCUUUGGCCUGUGUCAGAUCCAUGCCUUUGUUGACUACCUCCGGAGCAAGCUGAACCCCCAGCAGUUCGAGGUCCUCUUCAGGAGUGUCAUCUCCCUGGUUGGCUUCCUCCUCCUCACCAUUGGGGCUGUGCUGAUGCUCACAGGGAAGAUCUCCCCAUGGACAGGACGUUUCUACUCCCUGCUGGAUCCUUCCUAUGCCAAGAACAACAUCCCCAUCAUUGCCUCCGUCUCCGAGCACCAACCCACCACCUGGUCCUCCUACUACUUUGACCUGCAGCUCCUGGUUUUCAUGUUCCCAGUUGGUCUCUACUACUGCUUCAGCAACCUCUCGGACGCUCGCAUCUUCAUCAUCAUGUAUGGUGUCACCAGCAUGUACUUCUCUGCUGUCAUGGUGCGGCUGAUGCUGGUGCUGGCACCGGUGAUGUGCAUCCUGUCUGGCAUCGGCGUCUCCCAGGUGCUCUCCACCUACAUGAGGAACCUGGACAUCAGCCGCCCAGACAAGAAGAGCAAGAAGCAGCAGGACUCUACCUACCCCAUCAAGAACGAAGUUGCCAGUGGCAUGAUCCUGGUCAUGGCUUUUUUCCUGAUCACCUACACCUUCCACUCCACCUGGGUGACCAGCGAGGCCUACUCCUCCCCUUCCAUUGUGCUGUCUGCCCGAGGGGGUGACGGCAGCAGGAUCAUCUUCGAUGACUUCAGGGAAGCUUACUACUGGCUGCGCCACAACACGCCAGAGGAUGCCAAGGUGAUGUCCUGGUGGGACUAUGGGUACCAGAUAACCGCCAUGGCCAACAGAACCAUCCUGGUGGACAACAACACUUGGAACAACACACACAUCUCCCGCGUUGGGCAGGCAAUGGCGUCAACAGAGGAGAAAGCCUAUGAGAUCAUGAGGGAGCUGGAUGUCAGCUACGUGCUGGUGAUCUUUGGAGGCCUCACCGGGUACUCAUCUGAUGACAUCAACAAGUUCCUGUGGAUGGUUCGGAUCGGGGGCAGCACGGACACUGGGCGCCACAUCAAGGAGCACGACUACUACACCCCCACGGGCGAGUUCCGCGUCGACCGCGAGGGCUCACCGGUGCUGCUCAACUGCCUCAUGUACAAGAUGUGCUACUACCGCUUCGGCCAGGUCUACACCGAGGCCAAGCGACCACCGGGUUACGACCGGGUGCGGAACGCCGAGAUCGGCAACAAGGACUUUGAGCUGGACGUGCUGGAGGAGGCCUACACCACAGAGCACUGGCUGGUCCGAAUAUACAAGGUGAAGGACCUGGACAACCGUGGCCUGUCCAGGACGUAGAGGAGGCUCCGGCCGCGCCCGCACUGACGCCUUAGCCUGUGAAGCAGAA